CCCUUCUUAAUCCCUUCUAUCCUCUAAUACCGCGCGGCACACAUUUACCCACAACCUCCAGCUGCUGUCAUACAACAUCAAAAAGUUCCGUAUUGCAGAGCUCCGAUUUGGGGACAGUUGAAUGUUUACUCCUACUGAGGUCUGAGAAGACAGAAAGCUGACUGGCAUGGCCUCCUCUGAUGACACUGAAGGGUCACUGACUGCUGUGGAUUUCAUCCAGCUGCAGCAGUACAUGGAAUACAGCAGUUUGAGGGUGAAAGAUGUGAUCAAGGAGUUCCAUCCUGGGGGUCGACUGGCACAGCACAGCUUUAGAGAGUGCGUCGAUGCAGUGGGCUUCUGUCUUUUUCUAAAGACCUACCUGGAAGUGGAUGAUUUACCUGCACAUUUCUGCCAGCGCCUGUAUCGGUAUUUUCAACAUGUAGAUCUGGAUGGGUCCUUAAAGAGCCCCCCCUAUAAAGGAGGUGGGGUCUUUCUUCGUGAUGUGUCCUGUUACUUCACAGUGCUGGAGGAGGGACAGCCCCGGGAGAAGCUUGAAUUUACUUUCAAGCUUUACGACAAAGAUUGCAACAAGCUCCUGGACAGCUCUGAGGUGGAUCGUAUUAUCACCCAGAUGAUGCGAGCCGCUAAUUACCUAGGCUGGGAUGUGACUGAACUCAGACCAGUGCUGAAAGACAUGAUGACAGCCAUAGAUGUGGAUGACAGUGGGACUGUCACUCUGGAGGAGUGGGUGAAGGGGGGCAUGAACAAUGUACCUCUACUGGUUCUACUUGGACUGAAGAUGACAGAGAGGGACGGGCAGCAUAUCUGGAGGAUGAAGCACUUUAACAAGCCGACAUACUGCAGCGUGUGUCAGAACAUGCUGCUCGGCGUCGGGAAGCAGGGACUCUGCUGCACCUGUUGCAAGUACACCGUCCACAGUCAGUGUGCAAACAAAAAUCCUGAACCCUGCGCGCGGACAUUUGUCAAAUCUAAACAAGAGAUUAAUGUACCUUCUCAUGACUGGAUCCGAGCAGACUGCAACUCCACAAAGUGUCAGGUCUGCCACAAGAAGAUCAAAACUUUAGCCGGGAGGCGUUGUGUGUGGUGCCAUGAUAUGCGUCACGAUGACUGUGUUUUCACUGGUACAUCGUCCUGUGACUGUGGACCACAGAGGGAUCACAUACUGCCUCCAUGGGCUAUAUACGCCGUCUCAAAAGAGGAGGACAGCAACUUGUUGAACGUCACCCCUGACGGUCACGUCCUGCAGAUUCAUCCAAUUCCUGACACCCACCCACUGCUGGUGUUUGUAAACCCAAAAAGUGGAGGGAAGCAGGGUGAACGAGUACUCAGGAAGUUCCAGUACCUGCUGAAUCCACGUCAGGUGUACAACCUGUCCAAUGGAGGCCCUACACCAGGACUCCACUUCUUUCGCAAUCUACACGAGUACAGGAUCCUGGUGUGUGGAGGAGACGGCACGGUCGGGUGGCUGCUGGAUGCUAUAGACAAAGCAGACCUGCAGGUGCAUCCUCCUGUAGCUGUCCUGCCUCUGGGCACAGGGAAUGAUAUGGCUCGCUGCCUACGCUGGGGAGGAGGCUACGAGGGCUCAGACCUGAGAGAAACCCUGAAGGAGAUCGAAGCCAGCCAGUUGAUUCAAAUGGACCGCUGGAGCAUCCAGGUGAUACCAGAUGACCCCCAGGAGGCCGGAGACCCUGUGCCCUACGAGAUCAUCAACAACUACUUCUCUAUUGGAGUGGACGCCUCUAUUGCUCAUCGUUUCCACUCCAUGAGAGAGAAACACCCCCAGAGGUUCAACAGCAGAAUGAAGAACAAACUUUGGUAUUUUGAGUUUGCUACCUCUGAGACCAUCUCUUCCUCCUGCAAGAGGCUGAAGGACUGUCUCACAAUUGAGUGCAGUGGGAGAAGUUUGGACCUGAGCAGCAUGUCUCUGGAGGGCAUAGCUGUCCUCAACAUACCCAGCAUGCAUGGUGGCUCCAACCUGUGGGGCGAGUCCAAGAAGCCUGACAGUGGGACAGAGGUGGAGCACAGUGACGUCAUCACUGACCAUGAACUUCUUAAAACUAUCCCACAAGAUAUGAGUGAUAAGCGUUUGGAGGUGGUGGGGCUGGAAGGAGUAAUCGAGAUGGGACAGAUCUACACUGGACUGAAAAGUGCUGGACACAGACUGGCACAGACUUCACAAAUCACCAUCAGGACAAUCAAAGCCCUGCCCAUGCAAAUCGAUGGGGAGCCCUGGAUGCAGCCUCCAUGUACUAUCCACAUAACCCACAAGAACCAAGCUCAAAUGCUGAUGGCUGCACCAGCGAAAUCGUCUGGCUUCUUUCACCUCAAAUAGAUUUACAUUUCCACUUCAUCCUUCAGUUUGCUGAGCAUCCCAACAGACCAGGCGGACUCUAUUGUUAAAAAUGCUGCAGUAUUACAAACAGGAAGUCCAUCAUGCAGUGUUCAACUCUGUGCUUACACCAUAAGGUGUUUUUAUGUAUGUCUAUUUUUUGCUCCUGUUCCCUUACAAAGUACAGACAGCUUGCACUUGUGCAGAGAACAAAUUAAAAGUGCAACUGAUUGCUGUGUGCCAAUUUAAAUGUGAUUGAUUCAUUUUGUUUGUAUACUAAAGUGCUGAGCAUGUUAUUUUACCUUUAGCACAGGGCGAGUUGUGUUGUGACUGCUUUUUAUCCUCGGUUUAUCUAAUUACAGAAUUGAUUAGUUGAGUUUUGUGAAUGUUUCCUGAUGCAGUAAAUAAUGAACUGGCUUUGUUUAGCCUUUAGAAGUUCACUGUGUUCAUCAUCACUAUCUUACCAGUCUUUCUCAUGUCUUUUACUGUCACUGUUCAUCAACCCAAAAGAAUACUACAUCAUGUAUUUGUAUCAUUGUUUCUAGGGACUCAGUGUUGAAGAAAUAAUGUGAGAAACACUUGAUUAAAUGUGACAGUGUGCUAAAAGAUUUUACUUUGAAAGUACUGAAUAGCUUUCUUAAAUUUAUCAAGUUUAGUAUAAAACAGCUUUCCAUUGAUUUUCAUAAAUUAUGAUGCUUUGGAAAGAAAAAUGUAAGUUUCAUUACACCUGACUUACGAUUUAAGUAUUUACAUUAUGUAUGUAACAGGACUCCCUCAGUCUUCAACCUUCUCAACAUAGUUAGAACAUACACAGAAACUUUAUAUAUUCAAAUAAUACUAAUUAUGAAAUCAUUCAAAAUAUAUUACACAUACUUUGAGGCUGGAGAGGAAGCAAAGAAAAGGCUGAGGUAAAGCUUUUCUCAGUGACAUCUAUUAUGUGAUCUCAGUCUUCAGCAGCCUGUAUUGUGUUGAAUAUUAAUUGUACUUCCUGUGCAUAUACAUGAUGUAGGAUAAUGUAUUAUCUUUAUGCUGAUUUGUGUUGUUGUCAUGUCUUGUUACGGGCGGAUAAUGGAGUUGUGUUUGAGUUUAUUGUAUUUUAAGAGCUUUUACUGUCUGCAGUACAAUGGAAUGAACAGACAUUUACCAUAAGGCAUCUCAGUAUUUAUUAUGCAGCUUAUAAAAAACAAAUCUUUAACUGUUACUUUUAACUUGAGGCAAUCUCAAAAUGUAAUAAAGUUCAUUCACAAAUGUUUUAAUGUA